AUGGGAAGGGCAUUUCUGUAUGUGAUUCUCGGAGGAGGGGUGGCUGCUGGCUAUGCAGCUCUUGAAUUCACGAAGAGAGGCAUCUCUCAUGGUGAACUCUGCAUAAUUUCUGAAGAACCAGUGCCGCCUUAUGAGAGACCUGCUUUAAGCAAAGGCUUUCUACUUCCUGAAGCGCCUGCACGCCUUCCAUCAUUUCACACUUGUGUUGGUGCUAAUGAGGAAAGGUUAACGCCUAAAUGGUAUAAGGAGCAUGGGAUUGAAUUAGUUCUUGGAAGUCGAGUUAAGUCUGUUGAUGUGAGACGCAAGACACUGUUGACAGGAUCUGGAGAGACCAUAAGUUACAAAGUUCUCAUCAUUGCAACAGGUGCUCGGGCACUGAAGCUGGAAGAAUUUGGAGUGAAAGGAUCAGAUUCUGAAAAUGUGUGCUAUUUACGAGAUUUGGCUGAUGCAAAUAGACUUGUCAACUUGAUGGAAUCUUGCUCUGGUGGGAAUGCUGUUGUCAUUGGUGGUGGCUACAUUGGAAUGGAGUGUGCUGCAUCAUUAGUGAUCAAUAGGAUGAGUGUAACAAUGGUUUUCCCAGAAGAACAUUGCAUGGCCCGAUUGUUCACACCCAAGAUCGCAAGUUUUUAUGAAGAAUUUUACAAGUCCAAAGGAGUAAAGUUCGUCAAAGGAACCAUUUUGUCCUCGUUUGAUAUUGACUCGAAUGGGAAGGUCACAGCUGUUAAUCUUAGAGAUGGAAGUAGUCUUCCUGCAGACACGGUUGUGGUGGGUAUAGGAAUCCGUCCCAACACAAGCCUAUUUGAAGGUCAACUUACACUGGAGAAAGGUGGGAUCAAAGUGAAUGGGAAGAUGCAGUCGAGCAAUAGCUCAGUCUAUGCAGUGGGAGAUGUUGCCACAUUCCCUGUCAAAGUAUUUGGCGAGUCCCGAAGGCUUGAACACGUCGACUCAGCCAGAAAAUCCGCAAGACAUGCUGUUGGUGCAAUAAUGGAACAAAACCAAGCGGGCGAAUUCGACUAUCUACCAUUCUUUUACUCCAGAGUCUUCACCCUGUCAUGGCAGUUUUAUGGGGACAAUGCAGGAGAUGUGGUCCAUUUUGGAGAUUUCUCAGGAGGCACAUUCGGAGCUUAUUGGGUAAGAAACGGCCAUCUUGUUGGUUCUUUCCUUGAAGGUGGUACCAAGGAAGAGUAUGAAGCUAUAGCCAAGGCCACGAGGCUGAAGCCAGCAGUUGAGGACUUGGCCGAGUUGGAAAGGCAAGGCUUGGGUUUUGCUGUGACUGUUAGUGAGAAACCGCCACCGUCACCAGCUCGUGAUGUUAUUGGUUCUGGCAUAGUUCUGGAGAGACCAAUAUAUGCAUUGCAUGCAACCGCUGGUGUUGUUCUGGCUGCAUCAGUAGCUGCGUUUGCAUUCUGGUACGGAAGGAAGCGCAGAAGGUGGUGA